AUGAAUGAAGUACAACAACAAUUUUGUAAAGGAGAAGAUUGUAAUAAGCCAGCAAAAUUACAAUGCCCUACAUGUUUAAAAGCUAAAAUUUCAGGUUCUUAUUUUUGUUCACAAGACUGUUUCAAGAAAAACUGGUCUACACAUAAAUCGAUACACCAAACAAUACCUAAAGGCAUUUCUAUAUCUGAACAAUCUAGCCGUAGCACGACGACGAUAGCGGUAUUAAAUAAUGAAGAAAUAGAAGCAAUGAGAAUUCUUGCUCGUGAAGUAUUGGAUAUUGGAGCAGCAGCAGUAAGGCCUGGAAUUACAACUGAUGAAAUAGAUAGGAUUAUUCAUGAAGCAACUAUUGAACGCAUUUCUAUAUCUGAACAAUCUAGCCGUAGCACGACGACGAUAGCGGUAUUAAAUAAUGAAGAAAUAGAAGCAAUGAGAAUUCUUGCUCGUGAAGUAUUGGAUAUUGGAGCAGCAGCAGUAAGGCCUGGAAUUACAACUGAUGAAAUAGAUAGGAUUAUUCAUGAAGCAACUAUUGAACGUAACUCUUAUCCAUCACCCUUAAAUUAUUAUGAAUUUCCAAAAUCUGUUUGCAC